CGGAAAACGUAGUGGCAGCUCUCCCUAGCGGUUAGCAAACGGUAAGCAUCGAAAAAAGUGGAGAGAUUGAGAAGUAAAAAGGCAGGGAGGCCGUGGUACAUCGGCGUCUCCUAUACCAGAUCUGCAGUGGCUACGACUGGGUAGAUGUGUGCUGUGCCUUCAAGAUGAGUGUGAAGGCGUUUGAGCUGGUCCCUGCCGUGGAGCGGGAGCUCCUGAUGGGAGACAAGGCCCGCAUCAAUAUUGAGUGCAUUGAGUGCUGCGGCAAGCACCUGUACGUGGGCACCAACGACUGCUUCAUACAUCACUUCCUGCUGGAGGAGCAUGCCACGGCCAAGGGGAUGCUAUCCUACUCUGUCCAAAAGCUGCUGUUCAAAUACCUGGGCCUGAAGAAGCCUGUGGAGGCCCUGAAGGCCGCGUCAGCGUUAGAACGCAUCAUUGUGCUCUGUGAUGCUACGGUUAGUGUUGUUGACAUGAUUACCUUAGAACCCGUGCCCUUGGGCGGGGCCAAGAUUAAGGGCGUGGCCGCAUUCUGCGUCAACGAGAACCCGGUGAACGGGGACCCGUUCUGUGUGGAGAUCGGGGUGAUCUCGGCCCGGCGGCGCACCGUGCAGAUAUAUAUGGUGUAUGAGGACAGGGUGCAGUUGGUGAAAGAGGUCAACACUCCCGAGCAGCCAUGUGCGGUCAGUCUGGACGGUUACUUCCUGUGCCUGGCCCUCUCCACGCAGUACAUGAUCCUCAACUACAGCACAGGGGCUGCGCAGGACCUGUUCCCCUACGACAGCGAGGAGAGGAAGCCCAUCGUCAAGAGGAUCGGUAGGGAGGAGUUCCUCUUGGCUGCCCCCGGUGGCUUGGGUAUGUUUGCCAAUGCGGAGGGUGUAUCCCAGCGUGCCCCAGUGAACUGGUCGGAGAGUGUGAUGGGAGCGGCGGUGUGUUUUCCCUAUGUGGUGGCGCUAGACGAGGGCUUCGUCACCGUCCAUAGUAUGCUGGACCAACAGCUCAAACAGACCCUCUCCUUCAGAGACGGACACAUCCUACAGGACUUUGAAGGUAAGGUGGUUCUGGCCUCCACUAAGGCUGUGUACGUGCUGGUGCCCCUACCUCUGGAGAGACAGAUCCAGGACCUGCUAGCUGGACACAGAGUGGAGGAGGCCCUCACCCUUACAGAGGGAGCCAGGAGAAACAUUCCGAAAGACAAGUUCCAGAUAUUGCACAAAAGAAUCCUCCAGCAAGCAGGAUUCAUACAGUUUGGGCAGCUUCAGUUUUUAGAAGCGAAAGAACACUUCAGGACGGGUCAGUUGGACAUCCGGGAGUUGAUCUCCCUCUACCCUCUCCUCCUCCCGGCCUCCUCCUCAUUCACCCGCUGCCACCCGCCGCUCCACGAGUUUGCCGAUCUCAACCACCUGGCAGGGGACCAGGAGAAGGUCCAGAGGUGCAAGAGGUUUCUCAUCACGUACCUUGGCGAGGUGCGGAGCACGGAGGAGGCUAACGGCUGCCGGGAGGAUGUGGACACGGCUCUGUUGAAGCUGUACGCUGAGCAGGACCACGAGAGUCUUCUGGACCUGCUGGCCUCCCCCAACGCCUGUCUACUGGCAGACAGCACCCCCUGGCUAGAGAAACACCACAAGUAUUUUGCACUAGGCCUCCUCUACCAUUAUAACGGACAGGAUUCAGCUGCUCUACAGUUGUGGGUGCGGGUAGUGAACGGGGACCUUCAGGACUCUACCAGGUCUGAUCUGUAUGAGUACAUUGUGGACUUCCUGAGUUUCUGCUCCAACCUGGACCUGGUGUGGAAAUAUGCAGACUGGGCCCUGCAGAGAGACCAGACAAUAGGGGUGCAGGUCUUCACCAAGCGGCCGCUGGGUUUGGGUAAGGACCAGGUUAAGGAGCAGAAGGGCCAGGUGAACCCAGACGACGUCAUCACGUACCUGGGGAAACACAGCCAGGCUCUGCUGCUCUACCUGGAACACCUGGUGCUGGACCGACAGAUACAGAAAGAGAAGCUCCACACCCACCUGGCAGUGCAGUAUACAGACAGAGUCCUCUCUCCUGUCUCAGUCCCCACAGUGGACCAACAGGUGUCUGCAGCAAGGGACAAACUACAGCUCCUCCUCAGGGAGUCCAGCCUGUACCGCGUCCAACUACUACUGGGUAAGAUCCAGGAGUGUGACCAGCUGUUACUGGAGAGAGCCACGCUCCACGGGAAGCUAGAGGAGCACGAUAAGGCGUUACACAUCCUGGUGCACCAGCUCAAAGACUUCCCCGCUGCCGAGGCCUACUGCGUGUGGGGUUCCGCCUCCCGGGACCCGGCCUACCAGCAGCGCCUCUUCCACCUCCUUCUGGGGGUCUAUCUGGACCGGGACCUUCCCAGUAGAAACAGGGCCGGUAACGGUGGUAGUACCGGGGAGCUGGAGAUGGCGGCGGUGGAUCUGUUAAACCGGCACGGGGAGGUGUUUGACGCGGUGCGCGUGCUGGACCUGCUCCCUGAAGGGUGGUCCCUGCAGCUGCUCCGCCCCUUCCUCGGACGCGCCCUGCGGAGUAUGCACGCCUGCCGCACCUCCCAGGUUGCACUGGGGCUGGCGAGGUCCGAGAACCUACAGCUGCAGCACGACAGGUUGAAGCAGAGGAGAAGUCCAGUCCUGGUGUCAGAGAAGAAGGGGUGUGUUCUGUGCCACAACACCUUCAGCGAGCCGGACUGUGUGUGUCUGCCAGGGGGGGUGCCCGUACACACACACUGUGCCGCCCAGAGGGUGGUACGAGACUCGCCCACCAAGAGACAACUAGCCAAUAGCAGCAACCACACAUGAAGCCCCUCCCACCACCACCCAAGCCCCGCCCAGAGCCAAUGUGGUGGGAGGAGCCAAGCAGCAGCCCGGGGCUGUGAUUGGGUUGCGUCUGGGGGUCACAUCAGAUGAUGACUAUGGGGGGUGCAAAGCACAGAGGUUACUAUGGCUACCGUGGUCCAGCGUAGUGGAAGCAGCCCUGGAGCCUACUCAGAAACACAGAGCUGACCACACUUCUCUACCGUGUGCUUGUUCCUUUGUGAAUGAAUGAAGGAAGCUAUUUAUUCCAGUGCCACCAUUCAUACACAACACGGAGACUGAUGACAGACUGUGAGUUGUGAAUUAAUUGUGAAUGAAGUUCUAAAACAAGAACUAACUCCACAUCCAUCCAUAAUGACUCUAAACAUUGAAGUGAAACCUCCAGCCUCUCCUGGUCCGGUGCUGAACCCCUGCUCUGCUAUGUCUGCCCUGGUCCAAGCCCAAACCUGAGUUGAGCUUGAGUCUAUCCCUGUGAAGUACAAGCAGACCAUAGUUAGGCAUCUCCUCCAUCACCACAGUGGCUCCUCUCUGCUGCUGGUAUCUGAGACUGAACUUGAAGACGAUGAUGCCCCAGUGAGGCUCCGUUCACAGCCAGGAGAGUUCCUAAGUGUUGCUAAAUGUUCUGGUGUGUUGCACAUGCUCUCUCACCCCUCCAACCUUGUGUCCACACUUCUCAAGAACUCUCUGCCGUCAAGCAACAAACAAUGGUUUGGUUUUCACUUUGCUAACCAAGGUGGGGUUAUCUUCAAACGUCCUGCUAACCUGAUGCUAGUUAGUUUCAGCUCAGACCAGGGCCGUGUUCAUUAGGCACCAAACUGAAGAAAACUGGGGAGGGACUAGCUGAGCCAUCUCCAAAAACAAACACUUGUUUUCCUUUUCCACUGCAAAACAUUUUGCUACGGUGUACCCUGAUGAACAUGACCCAGCUCUAUGGGAUGUGCUAAAACACUGAACAGAAGACUUGGCUAAUGUUUCACUAACCAAAGCUACUUCUAGCCUGGUCCCAGAUCUGUUCGAGCACAGAAGACUUGGCUAAUGUUUCACUAACCAAAGCUACUUCUAGCCUGGUCCCAGAUCUGUUCGAGCACUUGCCAACUUCAUUGCUAAUUGUCAAGCCAAGGAGUUGGCAUGGUGGCACAAACAGACUGGCACUCAGGCUAAGCUAUGUCCUAUGUAUAGAGAGCUCCGUUUUGUAUCUGUGCCAUUAUGGAGUCUGUGACAGCAUGGGCAGAGCCAUUGAGGCUAUCUCCAUUUUAAAGUAACACAUUUUCUUCUUUUGGAUGUUUGAAAAAGUGUAUAGCUAAUAUUGGUGAUUUACCGCCACCUGCAUUGCUGGGGUCUUGAACCAAAUCUUGUCCUUCAUUUAUUGUGGCCACUAGAUGGCGGUGAUAUAGCUUAAAGCCAUUUACAAACUAAGCAAACCAAUUUGAAGAAGUCAAUGCUCUGAUCAUUAGCUGAUCGCUCCCAACCCAUAGGAAUCCCCACCCAGUUGACUACUUUAAAAUGGUGGAAGCCCUCAGUGGCAUGCAAGUCCAUGCAAAUAGAGUUAUUUCCAAGGAAUGAUCUCUAUACAUCUCUAUGGUCCUGUCCCAGUUCAUAUCGAUCAGUGAACAACAUGAUUGUGGGUCGAACAAAGCAAGAAAUCAGCCUUUGUAUUAACACUGAUUUACAGGGAAUCCUUCAAUUAUGCAACUUAGCUGUUGGAAUAUCAUAGUUUUUGUACCAAUGAGUUAAAACCAGAUGAGCUCUUUGUGAACGGUAAAAGGGAAAACGCAUUGCAAUGCAGUCUAUUUCUUUUAAUGCUUUAGUUGUUUUGUUCUCACGCUGCUUGCGAGGUUUAUAGCAAACUAGAGACCGUUGAUUUCUCAGUAAAAAAAACAACUAUUUAGACUUUUUAAAAUGUGUGAAAUGUCAAACCUUUGAUGCAUUUUGCAAUAGACCAUUUGAUGAGCACAGACUAAGUGAAACCCCUCUUUUACUUACACACACACACACACACACACACACACACACACACACACACACACUUCCUUCCUUCUGUUCUAACCCUCUAUGAUGCAUAUCCGGUUUGUUUCUCUGUUGGUGAAUGGUGUUGUGUCUCUGUCUGAGUACCAAGUGGCACCCUGUUCCUUAUAUAGUACGCUACCUUUGACCAGGGCCUCUGGCCAUUUGGGACGCACACUCUGUCUUUGGGGACGGAGCUCUGAUCAAAAAUAAAGCCUUUUUUAAUUCAGCCUUUGAUUCAAACCACACUGUAACUGCUACAAUCUGAACAGAAACAGCCAGGUGUUGCUCUACAUGUUGUAGAUGCAGGUGUUGUGUCUCUGUCUGAGUACCAAGUGGUACCCUAUUACCUACAUAGUUCACUACUGGUUUGAUUCCCUAUUUGCACGUGCACCGGUUAGGAAUGAAAUGUUCUGAUAUUUAAUGAAGAAAUGAAACACUCUCUGUUACAUGAUUUAAGAUAUAAAUGAUGUCGGGUUUUUUAUCAUUGAAAGAGGGUGUCAUAUGAUCGAAGUGUAGAGUAGUGGAGUGAGCAGUCUUGAAGGUUUGUUACAUAUUGUUCCCCUGAUCCUUGUGUAUGUAAAGACAGUAGCAUAUUUGUGGGCAUGGCUGACUGUUCCAGUGGCUGAUUCCAUGCACAGUGAUUGGCAAGGAUAACUUGGUCAGACGUACCGAUUGGACACAUUAAUCACAGUAACUCCGCCCUCCCCCAAGAGUGGCACAUUUCGAGGAGAUGAUAUCAGUGCACAACACCUUUAACGCUGGUUGCGUCUCAAAUGGUACCCUAUUUAGUAUGGAGAGCACUACUUUGGACCAGGGCACAUAAUGGGUCUGGUCAAAAGUAGUGCACUAUAUAGGGAAUAGGGCGCAGGGUGCCAUUUCAGACGCAGAGACCUUCAGUACCAUCCAUCCUUCCAUAUGGUCAUCUCUGGUCGUAUAUUCAAAAUGGACACCUAUCUUCUCUAUCACUUCUCGGAUCAUUUCAGUGAUGUCUGAUUCAAGGUUAGCCUGUUUAAUUGUUACACGUUGAAUAACAUCUUAACUUUGGUUCCAGGGUUACUUCUGCUAGUGCCUGGGCUGUGGACUUUAGUCUCCCCCUGACCUGUAAUACACAAGGGCUUAGGUCAAAAGUAGUGCACUAUAUAGGGAAUAGGGUGCCAUUUGGGACGUAGUGGUUUACUCUGCACAAACAAAAGGACUUACUGUCUUCUGCCUUCUCCCCUGACACUAAUAACACAAUGUGUGUAAACAUGACCUUAAACAAACCUUCUCUCUCUCUUUCCCCCGCUCUCUCUCUCUCUCUCGCCCUCUCUCUCUCUCUCUCUUUCCCCCGCUCUCUC